AUGUACACCUUCGGGUUCAACUACGGAAAGUACACGACGCUGAUCGACUACCGAUGGGUCGCCUGGUUCCCUUUGCUCGACUUCUUCAUGGCCGCAGGCGUACAGUUGUUCUACGCUGAGCGGGCAUGGAAGGUCACCGGACGCUCCAACAUCUUCAUCGGCCUGGCUAUCAUGCCUUUCCUCCUCUCCUUCGUGGGAUCAGUCGGCAUCUGCGUCAAAGGCAUGGCCAGCAGGACCUACCUCGACGACACCUACGUCCUCUUCGGCUUCCUGUGGGUCGUUGGAAUGUUCUUAACCGACAUCGUCAUCACCGGAACAGCUCUCUGGGGUCUGUACCAGUCGCGAUCCGAAUGGGAGCAGACCGACUACAUCGUCCGUCGACUGAUCAGAGUUGCGUGCGAGUCCCAGCUCCCGCCUACCAUCCUCGCGCUUGCUCUGCUCAUCGACAUCAUUAUCCAGCGUGACACAUGGUAUGCCGUGUUCUUUGAGCUCAUUCAAGGCUACGUCUACAUCAUCGGAAUGGUCUACGUCCUGAAUCAGAGGCAGAGUCUGAACCGUACGCUUGAGCAGGCAACCGUUCAGCGUUCCAGCCAAUUCCGUCUCGGCAGUCGCAACCGCUUCCCGGCUGGCCCAGCAACCAUCCACGUUCAAACCGAGACGUACGUCGAGAGUCACCAGAUCAACCCCGAGUUCGCCGAGCACAAGAUUCAGCCCAAGCUCCGUCAGAUCUCCGAAACGGAGUUCGAGGGCACGUCGUCUAGCGGACACGAGGGCGAGUAUGAGCUGGCGGAGAGCAGCGCAGGUUACGGCACCAUCAACCAGAGCCUGUCUAAUCUCCACAUGGCCGUCCAGGAGAACGCGUUGCGGAAACAGCGAACGGUCGAUAUGGACAGCCUCCGCGGUGACAGCCUACGAGGCGGCUUCGAGAAGCAGCCAUGA